ACGUUUUCUACGGCUACACAGCGGAGAGGCCACGGGCUGAGCUGCCGAGAUGAGGGUCGAGAAGUGUUACUUCUACUCGGCGCCCAUCUACCCGGGACACGGCAUGAUGUUUGUGAGGAACGACUGCAAGCAAUUUCGAUUCUGCCGUUCAAAAUGUCACAAAAACUUCAAGAAGAAGCGAAAUCCCAGAAAGAUCAGAUGGACAAAAGCAUUCAGAAAGGCAGCUGGUAAAGAGUUGACAGUGGAUAAUGCUUUUGAAUUUGAAAAAAGAAGAAAAAAACCUGUCAAGUACCAGAGGGAGUUGGGGAGCAAGAGUGUUGAUGCAAUGAAGAGAGUAGAAGAGAUCAAGCGGAAGUGGCAGGCACGGUUUAUCAUGAACAGAUUGAAAAAGGGCAAAGAAUUGGAGAAAGCCCUGGACAUCAAAGAUAUGAAAGAAUCAUAGAAGUGGAUGUAAACCUCUAUUUAUAUUGUCACUGCAGUGUGCUUCUAUGGGGGAACAUUUGUACAGCAUUUCAGAACAGUCCAAACCGUAUUUAUGAAGCAAGACUGUGUGGUUGGUCUGCGAAAUAAAUUUAUAUUUACUCUUG